CCGGAGAGGCGAACUCGGCGGGCACCUAUUAAAGGAUUACGCUAAACCGCAAUGCUAAACAACCAGUCCCGGUUUUUCCCCCUCCUUCUCACCCUUUGCGUCCUGCUGGAAGAAGGUCUGGGCCAUCCUCCGACGGAGUCCCACCGAGCAGCAGCCAAUGGCAGGCACCUGAGGACAAAGCGGUGCUCUUGCAAUAACUGGAUGGACAAGGAAUGCAUUUAUUUCUGCCACCUCGAUAUUAUCUGGAUCAACACCCCGGGGCACUCCACUCCCUACGGCCUGGGAAAUCCGCAGAAGCGUCAAAAGAGAGCGCUCGACAGGUGCGAAUGCUCACAUUCCAAGGAUAGCAUCUGCACCACCUUUUGCCACAAGAGGCCUUGGGGUCCCAGGAAUCCUCGGUUGCCCAAGAAAACAGGCACACUGGAAAAGCUUCUCCAGAACAGUCUUAGAAAACACAGCAAGCGGAACUUCUAAAAGUUCUUAGGAAUCUUGCUCUUUCUAAUACCCUGUUCGCCAGAAAGCAGCAUACGUCUCCAAGAAAUUCCUACCAGCGCUUCACCCAUCUGAGAAGAACAUCUGGAAGAAGGAAAAAAAAUAAGGAAAGGCUUAAAGGUUCCCUUCACUUUGAUGGAACGGAGAC